AUGGGCAAUUUCAAAGGGCAUGCCCUCCCUGGAAGCUUUUUUCUUCUUUUUGGCUUAUGGUGGUCAGUGAAGUAUCCACUGAAGUACGCCUGUCGAAAAAACAAGAAUGCUUGCUACUUUGGUUCCAGGGCAGGAUUCCAGCGCCUGGAGUUUGUUGAGGGCAUCAUCAAAGCUGUCUUUGCCCUCAUUGGGAUGGUGGCUGAGCAGUUUGUUCCUGAUGGACCUCAUCUGAAGCUGUACAACUAUGAGAAGAAGCACUGGGAUCACCUGAUGAACUGGCAGCAUGCCACCAUGUACCUCUUCUAUGGCAUUUCAGGGCUGGUGGACGUCGUGGCACAUGGGACCAAUGCGCUGCCAGUGGCCAUGGACAGGAUGAUGCUUUCCUUAGCAGUCUUUAUUGAAGGUUUUCUCUUCUGCUACCAUCUUCAUGGGAGAGCCAUGUUGGAUGUUCAUGUUCAUCAGCUACUGCUAUUUGCUAUCUUUGGAGCUGCUGCCUGCAUAUUUUUGGAAGUUUUUUUCCGUGGCAGUAUUGUGCUAGAGAUGCUCCGUACAAGCCUCUGCAUAUUACAAGGCAGCUGGUUCUGGCAGAUUGGCUUUGUGCUUUAUCCUCCAAAUGGGAGCCCAGAGUGGAAUCAGAUGGAUCACACUAACAUGAUGUUCCUGACCAUGUGCUAUUGCUGGCAUUAUGCCUUUGCUUUUCUUAUACUUGCAGUGAAUUACACAAUUGUCACCUGGGUGGUCCGCUCAAAGGUUAAGCAGUCCCAGCCCAUGGAAAUGGGUUUACUGAAAACAUCUGGACGAGAUCAUGAGUCAGAAGAAGAAAUUUAG